UAAAAAAAGUGUAGUGGAAUUUGCAUUAUAAGUCAAAGCUUUUAAAAGUUCUUUCUUUCAAACACUACUCUUUGGUUUUCGUGUAGUUUUGCGUGACGAAGUAAGCUGACUGUAAAAAUAGAAUAAUAUCGCUAAUUUGUUAUUUUACUGGGUAAACGAUGGUUUCUUCUAAUUGUUUAAAUGCAAAACACGACUGAAUUUAAUUUUUUUGUGAAAAAUUGUGUCAGGUUAUCAAGAAAUUUGAUGAACUUUUUUUUUUCGCCGAAAAAUGGAUGCAUAUGAAAAUGAAGGCUUGGACACAUGCUUGAAGUACAAUUUACAUUGCUGCUGAUAUACGAAGAUUCCCCCUCCCCCCAGUCAGAUUCUGUUAAUCAAUCACAAAGCACAUUAAAGAAUUUUUUUGACCUGUGUGGUGAAUCAAGCAAGAAGGUGGUUGUUUGUUAUGUGCUUGAGCAAAUUCUCAGGAAUUGUGAAUAUUGUCAAAUGUGGAGUGGUUUUGAACGUGAAAUAAAUAUGAAAUUUGAGCAUUUUAAAAUUGAGCAUACAAAUAUUUUUGUUGGCAGGUAUACUCAGCCCCCUCAAGAUCUUUGGGAUUGGUAUGAACCAUAUUUGGAUGACGCUGAGCCAUAAAAGUAGCAGAAGCUGAAGGCUGAUCGAAGAACUGAAUUGUUGAGAUACAAGAAGUGUGCGGUACAUUUGUUGACAACAUUUGUUUCGCUGAUACAUUUACAAAUUUGUGGGACAGGGUGCCAUAAAGGAUGAACUUAAAAUUAAGUUAUCUGCUGCCUUUAUGAGGAUAUGAAUGUUAUAGAAAGGAUCAUGUGUACUUUAACCAUGCUCCUGUGCGGGUACUGAGGCUUGACUGUUAACUUUUGAAUUGGUUAUUUUUCUCAGAGUUUUAUGAAUUGCAGGAUAACAUACCUCUUUAUUACCAGGAUUACCUCUUUUAUUGAUCAGGAUUCACAUACCUCUUUGUUAGAACCAUAUUUGCAAUAGUAUACUCUAUGGCUCACCUCAUAAUUAUUUGCAAUAGUACUGUUCAUGAGAAAUAAGGCUGUUUCACAUGUUUUUGCAUUCCAUAACAGACAAGUCAAGUUUCAGAAGGUACGGUGGAAAGACAUUUUCUGUGACAACUUGUGUCUGUCAAUUGAGAAGUAAACACGGCUUAAUAGUCUGAAAGCAGUGUAACUUCAUGCUGUGUAAGUGUAUAUACAUAUGUGUACAUAGCAAAAUUUAUGAUAGUGGAAGUUUUUAACUAUUGUGUAAAGUAUACGAGAUGUUCAUAUUUCUGAUUGUUAAGAAUUUGAUAGGGUCUCGGAGUAUUUUUAAAAUAUCAAAGAUGAAUUCUUUCAUGACAUCUAUUCCCAAUAUAUUGAGGGGCCAUGACAAUUACAGUUCUUGAUUUAUUUGUAAGCCUUUCUGUGACUUGACAGUGCAAGGUGUCAUGGAAACAUUGUUGCAGUGAUAAAAUGUGAAAGUCUGUGAUUUAAUACAGAUGAUUUAUCACAAAAUAGCAACAGUAAUAUUCGUCCAUUUUUUUGCACUUAGUAUAAAGUUAUACUGAGAAACCAAAUGUGAUCAUGUUAGUUUGUAGAUACAUGUUGGAUGUCUAUUGAAGUCACCGGCCAAAUUUUUCAAAGGAUCUAAGGAGAUCAGUGUAGAAAUGGUGCUUUCAAUAGCAAUUGCAUUGGGUUUAUUGUGUGAUAAUAAGGGUUUACAGUGUUUGAAAACACUUCAAUAAUAAUUUGAUUGGGUGAAUGCCGAAUGUGAGGAUUAAUUGGUUUUUGAAAAUUAUUUUAGUUUCAUUAAUUAGUCUUGUUGCUUGUAUAAUAGUUCACCUAAUAUAUUCAGAUGUUCUAUAUGCUUUCUUGUUUUUGCUAUAAAAAUCUUAGGCUGUUGACACUUGGUUUUAAACUUUUACAUUGUAUUUUAGUUUUAUCUCAUUUAAUCUGCCAUUUGCAAUGCCCUUAAGUUGUCAGAUUUGUAGUUUGUUGCCUUUAAUGAGGAUUGCUCAUGGAGGAUACACUUUUAAAAUAGAGAAUUUGAGUUUUGUAGUUUUGUAUAAAUAUUUAAAACAAAUAUUGGUUCCCAACACUUUCAAAGUGCAUCUGUUGGCUUGUUCUCUGUUGACAUUCUGAAUAUAAUUUUUGAGGUUAAUUGUAAUAAAAAAUUGUUUUAUGUCCUUAGAGAAUGCUUUUGUUUUUGAAUCUUAAAAACGGUCAAUAAGAAAUAGUGUUGUUAAGUUGACAAUGAAUAUAAAUUUUACAUUUGUAAUUAAUAUGAAUUAUUUCUGGAAAUAAAUGUUACAAAUGUAUAAGUGAAUGCAAUUUAAAAUGGUGUGUAUCAAUACUAAUCCUUUGCAGAAUAACUGCAAAUUAAUUUCUUGUAAAAAGUGCAGAAUUUCAUAUUAUUUACUUUGAGAAUCUGCCAUAUAUCAAAAGAUAAGUGGUAGUUUUUGUAUCCACAAUUUCUUUAGGCAUUGCAUGAAAUACAUCUGUAUGUUUAAACAUUUAGACUGUUGUGCAGUUGUUAAAGUGUUAGUUUUCAAGUAGCAAAUGCAAAUUUUAGUUCUACUUCUGGAUUUGAUCAGGGAAUGAAUUUCUCAUGUUGCCAAAGGUUGGUCAAUAAAAGAAUAUAUGAUCUAUACUGCUAAUUUGAAUAACAGUCAUUUAAAACCUCAUGAGAAUAUCUCAGGAAGCCAGAACGUGUAUGCAUGUCAUCACAAACCUCAAUGAGAAUGUCUCAGGAAUCCAGAUUGUUAAUUAAUUCUCAGAUUGUGUAUGCAUGUGCAAGUAUGUGUGUCAUUUGAAUAUGUUUUGAUACAAUAAACUGGUCUUCAUUGUAACUGAUGUUAUUUUUCAUCCUCUUAUAUAGAUUAUUUGAUUUUUCGAGUAAAUCCAUAAUUUUGUAUCUUCUCUAUUUAUAAAAUGCUAAGAAUAAAU